AUGUUCGGUCCAUUCCGCCUCACAAACCCGCUAUCGGGUGGUCUAUUAUGGAAGAUACCAUGGCGGCUAUCCAGACAUCAGAAGUACAGGCAGCGCGAGCGCCUACGGCACGUUGACACUGUGGUCGGCACAAUCGAUACCGCACUACGACGCAUGGGACAGAGCAUGAAGAAGGUGGAGCGCUGGAAGAUGGAGAUGCCGACCGAGGCAGAGAUGCUUCCCAAGGACAAAUACACCGUCUUCGACCGUAAGGUGAAGAGGUAUCGAAAGGGAAUACACAAAAUACUGGACUUGCUCAAAGCCAAUACCAUCACAGUUGAGACCUAUGCGCAAUCUGUUCUUGGCCACAUCCGCGACCGGGACCAUAUUGUCAAGGCAUGGGCCCAUCUCGGCAAGACAACGACGACUGAGUUCACCAUCACCAACUCAGGGCCUCCGACCACCAAUCCCCACGAUCCAUCUCGAACCCCAGGCGGCUCCUCAAGCGGCUCCGCCGCCGCCGUAGCCGAUAUGCAGAUUCCGCUUGCCUUGGGCAUACAAACAGGCGGAAGCGUCAUUCGACCAGCAGCCUACUGUGGAACAUUUGCCAUGAAACCUACGUACAACGCCAUCUCAACCUUGGGGCAAAAGAUUGUUUCUUCUACAUUCGAUACCAUCGGCUUCUUCGCUCGCAGCAUCGAAGAUCUGCAGUUACUAGCAGAUGUCUUUUCCCUCUGUGACGACCAGAGCCCGGGAAAGGUAUACUUGGAUGAUAUCUCAGUCGCUCUUGUCAAAACACCCAUGUGGUCACAUGCCGGCCCUGGUACUAUACAUGCCAUGCAGAAAACAGCCGCCAUCCUGCAAAACCACGGUGUAAGAGUGGAAGAGAUGUCACUACCGGAUGACUUUGGCAACGCAGACACUUUAACGCGCUUACAAAACGCAAUCAUCGACAAUGAGACCGCACUCGCUUUCCGCGAAGAAUACCGUUCGCACAAGGGUGAUUUGAACGUCUCGAUCCAGAGUUUAGUAGAAAACCACUCCGAGCACACUGAUAAAGAGAAAAAGAUGGCACUGGAUAAACUCGCUCAUCUGCGUACGCUGUUCGACACGAUAGCGACCAAGUAUUCCGUCAUCAUCGCGCCGAGUGCUGUGAAUGAGGCGCCGGUGGGACUUGGGGAUAUGGGAAGUCCGGUGUUCAAUACGAUGUGGACGAUAUAA